GGCCGGCUCAGGAGGCGGCCGCAGCCGCGCUGUGGGUGGGAGACGGAGGCGCUGCCGCUGCCCUGGGGGCUAUGCCGGUCCCGCCGGACCCCGGGCGGGAGGGGCGCUGAGGACCCGUGGGUUUCUCCCUCACUCUGCCUCUCUGUGUCUCUCCCCCGCCCCGAGGAUGAACCGAGCCGAGGGAAUAAACUUCAGGCGGACAGCCAUCCGCAGGAAAUCCACCCCGGGCUUCGCCGUCGCCUCCAGUGGAGCAGCGCGCACCUGCCCCGCCGGCCCCCCGUGGGGGGAGGCCGCCCGGGGGCCGCCGGCAGGCAGCAGCAUCUGUCCAAAGUCCUUAAUACCGUCUAGAUCUUGCCCACUGAGUGCCACAACCAGGCUAAUUGAGCAGAAUGCACGCAAUGAAGCGGCUCAGGGAUUAAAUGGAAGUGUGCCAAUCAACCAGUCCCCACGUUCAGCUUCAAAUCCAAAGCCACAAGUGCCUCCAAAGCCAAUUCAUCUGCAGAAGGUAUCACCUGUUACAUACCAAACCCCUAGGCAUAAAGCUUUAUCAAGUCAGAAGCCAAGAAUGGAGGAAGACACACCUACCCCUGUUCCUAGUGUCACAAAGGAAAAGUCCAGUAAAGUGUCAGAUCUCAUCCAUCGUUUUGAAGGAGGCAGCCCAUUCAGUCCUAGUGAUUUGAAGAAAGAUUCCUCUGUUCUCAACAUCUCUAAAUCUCAAGGAAGAUAUGGAUCAACACCAUCACCUCAGCCAAAAUUCCCCUCCCAUCAACUGCUACAAAAACAGGGAAACAGUAAUACCAACAAAACUCAGGUUGCACAGACACACACAGCCAAUGGAGUACUAGCACAAGACCAGAUGGAACGUGAGGACAGGAGGAUACCCGACCACGGCUCUGCUGUGUCCACCCCAGUUCCAGAUAAUUCAAUCAACAGCAGCUUAAUAAAUGGCGAAAGAGUAAGUACGUCCAGAGAGUCAUUAGAAACUACAACUUCCUGUGAAGGACAGAUACUUAACAGCUGCUACAGGACUUCAAGCAGUGAUACACUGCUCCCAUCUGACAAUGAAACUCCAGAAGUUAAUACUAACAUGGAGGAAGAACCAAAUGAGGAAAUCAGCAAACAAGAUCAACCUACAGAAACAAAGGAGACAGAUGAACAGAAACGUCACAAAAUUGCUAGUGAACUUCUGCAAACAGAAAAAGCCUAUGUUAGCCGACUUGACCUCCUAGAUCAGGUAUUUUAUUCCAGACUCCUUGAAGAAGCCAACAAAGGUUCCUUUCCAGCUGAAGUGAUUAACAAAAUCUUUUCUAAUAUAUCAUCAAUAAAUGCAUUCCACAGUAAAUUCUUACUUCCAGAACUUGAGAAAAGAAUGCAAGAAUGGACUCAUACCCCCAGGAUUGGAGACAUUCUGCAGAAGUUAGCUCCUUUCCUCAAGAUGUAUGGAGAGUAUGUGAAGAAUUUUGAUAAUGCAAUGGAAUUGGUAAAAACAUGGACUGAACGGUCACCUCAGUUCAAAUUAAUUAUUCAAGAUAUUCAGAAGGAAAAAGUGUGUGGAAAUUUGACAUUGCAACAUCACAUGCUAGAACCAGUGCAACGCAUUCCACGCUAUGAGAUGCUUCUAAAGGACUACCUAAGGAAAUUGCCUCAGGACUCCCUAGACUGGAAAGAUGCUGAAAAAUCUCUAGAAAUUAUAUCCACUGCAGCAAGUCACUCAAACAGCGCAAUAAGGAAAAUGGAAAAUCUAAAGAAAUUGUUAGAGAUAUAUGAGAUGCUGGGAGAAGAGGAAGACAUUGUGAACCCUUCCAAUGAAUUGAUAAAAGAAGGACAGAUCCUUAAACUCGCUGCUCGCAAUACAUCUGCUCAAGAACGGCACCUUUUCCUAUUUAACAAUAUGUUGCUCUACUGCGUCCCCAAAUUCAGCUUGGUAGGAUCAAAGUUCUCAGUUCGAACCCGAGUUGGCAUAGAUGGUAUGAAGAUUAUAGAAACUCAUAACGAAGAAUACCCACAUACUUUUCAAGUGUCUGGAAAAGAGCGAACACUGGAGUUGCAGGCCAGUUCUGAACAAGAUAAGGAAGAAUGGAUAAAGGCGCUUCAGAGUACUAUAGAAGCUUUUCAGCAGCGGAAUGAAACUUUCAGGAGUGCUAUUGCUAAGGAAUAUGAAGACACGCAUGUAGAGGUUUCUAAUGCUGAGCUUGGGAAGAGAGCACCAAGGUGGAUCCGAGACAAUGAAGUCACCAUGUGCAUGAAAUGCAAGGAGCCCUUCAAUGCACUGACGAGAAGGCGGCACCACUGUCGAGCAUGUGGACAUGUGGUUUGCUGGAAAUGUUCUGAUUAUAAGGCACAUCUUGAGUAUGAUGGCAAUAAAUUGAACAAAGUUUGUAAGGACUGCUAUCAUGUUAUAACUGGUUGUACAGAUAGCGAAGAAAAGAAGAAGAAAGGCAUCUUGGAGAUUGAAUCUGCUGAAGUCUCUGGAAAUAGUGUCAUAUGUAGCUUUCUUCAGUACAUGGAAAAAUCAAAGCCCUGGCAGAAAGCAUGGUGUGUUAUACCUAAACAAGAGGCUGUUGUGCUGUACAUGUAUGGUGCUCCACAGGAUGUUAAGGCUCUGGCUACAAUUCCACUUCUGGGCUAUGUAGUAGAUGACACCCCAAAAAGUGCUGACCUCCCACACAGCUUCAAACUGACCCAGUCGAAGUCUGUGCACAGUUUUGCUGCAGACAAUGAGGAACUAAAACAGAAAUGGUUGAAAGUUAUCCACUUAGCAGUCAAAGGUGAGACACCAGAAUGUCAAAAUGAACUGCAAGUAAGUUUAGAAGAACAACCUGAAUCUUCUAAAGUGUCGGAAUGCUGAAGCUGAAGAACACGUGAUAUUUUUAAGAUUUCAAUUGAAUUUGUGGUUAACCUUUUGGCUAACCUUCCUUUGCUCAAUCAAAAAAAAAAAAAAAAAGAAAAAAUCUUACUACCGUACACAUCUUAGCACUUUAUGUUUGGGAAAAAUUCUGGUCUUUCUAGGGAUCUUUUUCUUAUAUUUAUGUUUUGUCAAUGAAAGUGAUGUACAGGUCCAUUUCAGAGACUUUUUAAAAAUGUGAAUGCUAUUAAAAAUACCUACUAACUUUACUGUACUACUUGUUCGUUGUUAUGCAUUUUUUUUGAAAAUUGCUAUUUGGUUCACGUUUGCUACUUUCUUUAAGAAUACAAAUAUUGAAGCUUCUUACUUAUAUAUUAGGACUCUCAACAGGAUAAAAGAUAUACCUCCACAUUUCCCAAAUAGAUCUGUAGUUAAAAAUAUACAGGGAUAGUUUGGUUUAAUGUAUGUAGUUUAUAGAUCAAAUUCCACAGUUCUGUACAUAUGUUGUAUUCAUUUGUUUCUUUUUAAUUAAAGUAAUGCAAAUUGCUUUUACAGGUAUAUUGGCUUUUAAAGUUUCAAUUUAUCGAGGAGAUAACCUAAUGAUUUUCAAUCUAGAAAUGAGUACCUAAAAUAUGAUAAAACAUAUAAUAUAUGUACAGUAUUAAAAAUGUACAAUACUUGAUUUUUGCUUUGAUUUCAUGAGACUGGGUUCCUGUUAGUGAAUAAUUUAUUUAAAAAGCAUGUUUUCUAUUUGAAAUUAAACACAGUCCUAAAUGAACAAAUACUGUUCAGUGAUUUGUUUUAAUAGCUGACACUUAAUGAUCUUGGUAUUUUUAUGCAUUAAAAAAAAUAGCAGUAACAUAAGUGGCAUGCAGUGGACAAAUAAGUUCCAGUUGUGUUUAAAGGAGUAGUAGCUUUUCUUCAGUGUCCUACCACUGUAACCUUUCAAGAGUGCAGUAGUUCGUUACUAAAAUGCAGUGUGUGGUUUGAGAUAAGUAACAGAUUCUGUUAAUCUUCUGGAAAUUUGUAUUUUCACUAUUACGGUUAUUGGAACAAAUGAACAUUUUGAACCUAAAUACCCUAAUUGUUGCAGAAGAUAGAUACUGUAAUACUUAUUUAAGACAACAGUCUUUAAGGAUUUCUAUUGUAGUGUGGAGCCUGCUUUAUAUGCAUUUAGUAUGAAGUCUGAACCUGCAAAUCUCAAGCUGCAUUAAUUGAAAUUAUUUGCAUUCCACUUAAAGGAAUUAGGACUUGUGGGCUUUACAAUGCUAAGUCUAUUAUGAACUUCCAUUUUUAUGAGGGUUUUUUAACCCAUAGAGGCAAAUGACCACAUUAUUUUUUUUCUGGAACAUCCUUGGAUGGAAAUAUGGUAAAUAUGGAGGUGUAGUGAUUGACUAUCAAGUAGAUAAAAUCAUUGCCAUCAUUCCCUUUCUGACUCCUCAAAGGAAGGGAAAUAUGAAACUUCUACAAUCAACAUCUCAUGCGAAUGUGCAGGAGUCUUCUCAAUAUAACUGCAAUCUGUGUUUUCAAUCAUGUCAGUGUGAAGAGCUCAGGCUCAAGUCCAGUUUUGUUAGUAACAUGAGGACAGAUUUUUUGUAAUGAGAUUUCCAAACAAAAUAUUCACUGAAGUCCCACUUCACUCAUUUUUUUGCAACAUGAGAAAUAAAUGCUCAUUUUAGUUAGCAUUUAACGAAGAAAGGAUUGUUAAACUGUUUUUUUUUUAGCAUUAUGCAUGCAUGAGUACGUGAUGUCUGCCACUUUUCAGUGAGAAGAAUGUCACAACUUCAUUUUAAUGGCCUGUAUUUUGCUCUCACCUGCACAAAUCCAAAAUUUAUGAUGGCCUUUAGACUUCAAAGCUUUACACUAGUGUUGGUAAUAAUCAGGACACGGCAUUGCAGAGUACUAACUCUACAGCUGAUUUUGUACAUGUCAGUUCUGAAUUCUUCCUUGGGUGCUCUAUGUGUCCAGAUUACUUUGUGUAUAACCCUAGUAUCACUUUUAUCUGAUGUGCAGGCUCUGCUACAGUUCUUUAAGAGAUCUGAAGUUACUUCUACUGCCAGCUGUAUUUACCUUUAGUUAUGGUCAGCGUAAGGUGUUUAUGAUUCAUGUUGGCAAGUUCCAUCAGAUCUUCACCUAGGUGUCCCUAGCUAGUACAAUGUAUCUUGGCAAGGGAUAGAGUAACAUUUGGAUAGGCAAGAAGAACUCUUCCUGGGUAAUUUUCUCUCCAUGGUCUGCAAAAGUGGGUAUCUUCUGAAAGAAUCUGCAGUGUGCUUGUGGGAUCUGGAAGGUUGUCUCAUUACAACCUAACAUACUAAAAACAUUACCUCCUAUGUUCAAGUUGUUGACUGUGAGGGGAGAAGUUGUCUGAGAGGAGACUGUAGAUAAGAUGGACUGAGUUGUACUCAAAAUAAUAUGGUGGUAUGGUUGCUGUCAUUUAGUACAUUCUGUUUUCUAAGCUCUUGAAAAUUUAAUUCUGUACUAAGUAGGAAGACCUUUUUCAGGCUAAAUGAUUAUGAAAAUGAUUACUAAAUGAUUAGAAGCAGUAAUUUCUGAGCUGCUUUAUUAUUAUAGUGGUAUUGACUAUCUGAAGCUGCUUGAAUGGUUUCAGCAAAUCCCAGAAGCAGCUCUCCAUGUGGACGUAAACAAUGUGGAAUUAAAUUAUCGUUACGAGUUAUUUAUUUGGACGUUGGCCUCAUGUUUGUUUUCGGCAAUUAAAGUUUAUGUAUAGUGGGAUACUUUAUUUACUCCAGAAAAAAAUCAUUCAUGUUCUCUUAGUUGGUUGGUCAGAAUUGUUCUCUUCUGAGUCAGGAUGUAAUGGCACUCAAACAUGUGGUUCUCUGUGUAUCUUGUAGGAACAAUAUGUACCACCAAUAUUAAAGAUCAAAAGAUGGAGAAGUUGCUUGUAGAUUUAACCACCCUGACAGUUAGUCCAUUCUUCACAGAUGACCCCCCCCCCCCCCCCAAAAAAAAAAUAGCAUCCAAAGCUUUUUCUUUAAAAAAAGAGUAUUUAUUAACAUAAACCUAUGCUUAUAAGGAAAUAAAGAAAUAAAAAAAAUAAUUUAAAAAAACUAUAAUUGUGCAUUCAUUCACAAUACAUGAAUGUUUGUGAGUGGCUCUGCUGCUUUAUUUCAAUUUUGUGAUUCUUGUGUUCAAGAAAUGCUUGUUUCUCAGUUUAAAAGUGGUAAGCCUACAGCACAAUUUAAAGUGAAUCAAGCAAUACUAUGUGCUUUUGUCUGUGUUCGUCCAAAACAAUAGCUUCAUUUUAUCAUUAUGUUUGUUUGAAACAUAAGAAUAUAUUUUUAAAAAGAGUUAUUUCCACCCCUAUUAUGGAAAAAUAGUGUAUUGUGAUGUCUGUAUGUCUGCACCAUUCUUCCAGGUCCCUUAAAAAUUGUUUUCAGGCAUCAGGUUGGUUUCAGGCAUCAUGCUUGGUUGAAGAGCUACUGUAAAAUCUAUAGCAUCUAUUACCUCCAAAUCCCUUUACAGUUUGUUUAUUCUAAAAGGUACUCAAUUUUUAUGUGCAAAGCAGAUAUUGAGGACAGGAAACGUUAUCUUCUAUUUGGAGUAGAAUAUUAAACCAUUUAAAUGCAUGUAAUAUAGUGGCACCUUUUUAUGCAAAACCAUCUUCAAGUGCUUUAUAAAUCUCCUCAAAGAUUAUAAAUCCCUUUUAUAUAAAAGGGUUUUUAUUCCUCAUAUUUUUAAAACGUGGAUGAAGCUGAGCAUUGAUUUAAAUGUAGAAUAAAUACACUACCACCUGCAUAAGUUUUAGAUUAGGUUAUAAAAUAGAUGUAUGUUCUAAACAGUUACAAGAGGAGUCAGGAGAAAAAAGAAAUAUAUAUAAAUAUAUAUAUAUAUAAUGAGUGCUAAAGUUGUGGAAACACCUGACAAGUUCUUUGGGGUUUGUUGUAUUUAUUUAUUUAUUUUUAAUAUAUUUCCAGCCAUACAGCUAGUUAUAAAAAUUGGCCAGCUUUUCAUUUCAUGGUUAAAUAAAAUGAACAAUGGGUAGAGGUUCCUUAUACUGAAGAAAAAGGCUUUCAAGAAAAACAAACAAACAAACAUUCCAUGUAGAAAUAAUUCUAAGCAGUAAAAAAGGAGCUUUCUCCAUAAAUAUAUUUAGAAAUCUUUAGAUGGUAUAAACUAUCAUACAUUUGCUGGGGCUAUUAUACCUGCAGUGAUUUAAAUUCAUGUAGAAUCUGCCUUACAUUAUAUAAAGACACCAGUGGCAAAUGAAGAUUUUUCCACUUAGAGUACUGCUGAUUUACUGCGUCCCAUCUGGAAUCACAGUGCUCAGCUGAACCUCAGAGCAGUUUCACGAGGAGAUAGUUGAUGUGGGUGGGAGUGGGCAUAAACAGCUGGAAACAAUCUGAAAGUAAGUGAUCAGGGAUGAGACAUAAUUUUGUGGAAGAACUGACUGUCCUUAAGAUAAAUCUGUUGGUGAAAGGGGGAUCAGUCUUAGACUGUGAUUUGAUUUGAAAUCUGAAACAAAAUAUGUGGAGUUAUGUUUUUUCCUCAGUCUGUGGCCCUGUUGGUAUGCGGAAUGUACCUACCUAGAUGGUUCUGACCCAUAGGACUGUAGUGAAGCACGUUCCUUGGACAGGAGUUUUAAUCUGCUAAUCAGGUUGUUUCCUAAAUCCUUGUCCCUUAACGGAACAAAAUAGUAACUUAAUGAUUAUAUAUUUAUAUGUGUGUGUAUAUAUAUAUAUACACACAUUUAUCUGUGUGUAUAUGUAUAUAUGUGUGUGUGUAUGAGACUAUUAUUCAAAUGACCUAUUUCAAGCAGUAUUUUACAGUCAAAAAUAUACUGUACUGCAUUCAAAGUAUAAUCUAUAUUGACUGUGUUGAGUAUACUAUUCAGGAGAAAAAAAAAACAACAGAACUAGAUCUAUUUUUGUGGCAUGUUCACUGUUUCAGACUAAUUAAAAGCAAACCAAAAUAAAGUAAAUUCAAUAAGGUGUUCCAUCUGCUUCCUCUAGAACCUAGUGAUGAAAUUUAUUCCCAAAUUCAUCCAUGGCACUUUUGCUUCCAUCCUUUCUUCCUUACACAAGUGAAUGUAGAAUGAUUUUUUAUCUAAUAAAAUUUCAGCAGAUUUCUAUUCAUAAAACAUAUUUUCAGCCACUACAUAACACCAACCUACUUCAUUUUAUACUUCAUCCUUUGUAGAUUCUUAACUGUGGUGAAAAUAUUCAGAAAGGGGGGUGGGGGGGAGCUGUGUGAAAGCAUUUUUGCAUGCAUAUGGCCUAAUAUUUUUACAAGAGAAGACAGAUUUGUUUCAUAUAAGGAACUGUUUGCAGUAGAAGUAUUGGUUGCUGUUUUUUGUUUUUUUUUUUUUUUUUUGUUUGUUUUUGUUUUUUUUUUCUCCUGUCUCUAUUAUUUCUGUAGUAUGCUCUCUAUUCUGCAGCCCUCAGAGCAGAUUAAUACAUUAAUUUUAGUGGAAGCUGGAUCAGCUGUAAUGUGACAUCAGAAUUACAGGCUAUGCACUGUAAUUCCUUUACAUUGUGGGGGAAAAAAAAAUGGUUUUAAUUAAGAAAACAGAUUUUUUUGUUUGUAAAAAUACUAAUAUUUGGAAGAGGUGUAAAUUUGUUCUGGUUUUUCAAUAAACUGAAGAAUAUUUAAAAGGUGAAAUUUAAAUGCCAUUCUAAGUUGUGCAAGUGUAAGUGGUCAUUUUUAUGGUAAAAAAAAAUACAUGAAUGUAAAAUAGUUGCAGAUAUUGUACAUAUUUUCUGUAAUAUAUGUAUAUUUGGUUUUAAGGUGGGUGGAGAAUUGUAAAAAUGAAGCACUUUAAUUCCUGUUGAGUACUUAAAACAAGAAAAGAAAUUUGUAUCCUGUAAAAUAAAAACAUCAUUAAAUAAUUA